UUUUAAAGCCACCGAGAGAGAGCCUCUGCCUCUCUCUCUCUCUCUCUCUCUCUCUCUCUCUCUCUACCCAUCCUACCUCCCCUACUCCCCCACCGACACACGCGUCCACGCUCAUACUCCUUAUGAGGACGCUCUGCGCCUAGGUAGCUAGCUAGGGUUUCUGGGUUCAGGUGAAGCACCAAAGAAGAAGAAGAAGAAGAAGAAGAAGAAGAAGAUCGGGAUCGAUCAUGGGUCGAGGGAGGGUGCAGCUGAAGCGGAUCGAGAACAAGAUCAAUCGGCAGGUGACGUUCUCGAAGCGCCGAUCGGGGCUCCUGAAGAAGGCGCACGAGAUCUCCGUGCUAUGCGACGCCGAGGUCGCCCUCAUUAUCUUCUCCACCAAGGGCAAGCUCUACGAGUACGCCACCGAUUCCAGCAUGGAAAAGAUUCUUGAACGUUAUGAGCGCUACUCCUAUGCUGAAAAGGCGCUCGUUUCAGCAGAUCCCGAGUCUCAGGGCAACUGGUGCCAUGAAUAUUCCAAGCUUAAGGCAAGAGUCGAGGCAAUACAGAAAAGUCAAAGGCACCUCAUGGGCGAACAACUUGAGUCAUUGAAUCUCAAAGAACUCCAACAACUAGAGCAACAGCUGGAAAGUUCUUUGAAGCACAUACGAUCAAGAAAGAGCCAACUAUUGCUUGACUCGAUCUCUGAACUGAAGAGAAAGGAGAAAUCACUUCAGGAACACAACAAGGCUCUGGAGAAGGAACUGAUGGAGAAGCAGAAGGCGUUGACACAGCAGCAACACUGGGAGCAGCAAACUCAACCUCCUACAAACUCCUCCUCACCGCUCUCCUUCCUACUGCCCACGGACUCUCUCCCCACCCUUAACAUCGGGACAUAUCAGGCGACAGGGACUGGAGCUGAGGAAGUAGAAGGGAUAGCGCAGCCCCAAGCUCGCAUGGGCUUGCCUCCUUGGAUGGUUCGCCACCUGAAUGGUUAGAUGAUAGAUGUGAAUUACGGGCAUUAAAUUAAAUCCGUCCGAGUCUGCCUUAAUUGAAACUUCUACAUAUCAUCUGACUCCCCAGUGUAGAUGUGCUGCUAUGUGAUGUCGUUUACAGCUCGUAUUACGGGGAUAUAUGGGAGGCAUCUCGUAAUAACUCUCAUAGGCUAAUAUGGGCAUUCUAAGCUUCCUGUCUCCAUAUAUAUAUAUAUAUAUAUCAGUACCAAUAGCAAGGUGUUCAGACUCACUCGUACACCAUGUAUUACUGUAAUGUUAUGCAUCCCCUUUUCAUCGUCACGCUAAUACCUGUGCUUUUUCAUGCACAAAGUGAACAAUAUGUGGUAAAGUUGUGCAUUCUCUAUAAACUCUUCGUACAAA